CUAGGUAUUAACACCACUAAUCCAGGUUGUUUGUGCUUCAUCCCCUUGCACCGUCUCCUGAAGCACCCGUGCAGAACCCUCAGGUAGCCCUCAUCUCUUCUAUGCUCCUAUCUACGGUCAUACAUCAAAGGCAUCUCGACUUCAUCACUUUGUCCUCAUCGAUCACUGCCUCGCACCCUCAUUGCAGUUUGCAGCUGUUUGCAUCACUUUGCUUGCCUUCAGCCUUUCUGUUGGCUUCUGCUGCAUACGACCUCCCGUCACACUGACCUGAUACCCCCAUCUUUCUUCCUCCGUCGCUUCUUCCUCCAAGCUUUCUCAGUGCCUUGUGCCCGUCAUGGACGGCGAUGUGGUGGCACAGUUCGCUGAGAUCACCGGCUCAAAGCCAGAGCUGGCCGCCCAGUAUCUGCAGCUGGCUGAUUUCAAUAUUGAACAGGCUGUGCAACUUUUCUUCGAGAAUGGCGGUGCGCCACUGACUGACGAACCCUUACCGUCGGUCUCCACCCCUCAGCAACCCUCCAAUGCUGGCGGCGGAGUUGUUCAAGUCGACUCGGAUGACGACGUCACGAUAGACGAGACUCGCUCUGCACCUCGGAACCACCCCUCGCACGGCGCUACCCUUGAAGAUGAUGCGGCCAUGGCUCGUCGUCUCCAAGAAGAGAUGUACGGAGGAGGAGAUACUGAAGAGAAUGUGCGUGCGCCGAUGGCUCGUACGACGGAGACCCUAGUAGGGCCUGAGGCGGACUUUGAUGAUGGCGAUAUGCAUGCCAGCAUAUUAGGCCAACUGCGCGCGCGCCAGCAACGAAACAACCGGCCUGGGAUCUUCAACCAGAGAGACACAUCGAUAUGGACUGGGGAUGAGGAAUCCUCACAACGUGAAAGAUUGGCUGCAGCGACUGGAGGGGCUUCUGAGGCCUCGAACAAGUCGAAUAUGCUGGCCGAGAUGUAUCGCCCUCCAUUUGACAUCAUGUCUAGGCUCCCAUGGGAUUUGGCUCGACAGGAAGGCCGCGACAAUGAAAGGUGGUUGAUGGUCAAUAUCCAGGACCCCUCUGUCUUUGACUGCCAGGUUUUGAACAGAGACCUCUGGAAGGAUCCUGCGGUGAAAGAAACCGUUAAGGAGCAUUUCAUCUUCAUGCAGUAUUCCAAAGAUGACCCUCGUGCAGGACCUUAUUUGCAGUACUACUUCCAGGCGAGCAACGUUUCUGAUAACUAUCCUCACAUUGCGAUCGUCGAUCCAAGGACUGGAGAACAGAUGAAGGUCUGGUCGGGCCCUCCCGUAAUCAAGGUCUCGGAUUUCCUGAUGCAACUCCACGAAUUCCUCGACCGGUACAGUCUGAAGCACAAUGUGCGAAACCCCGUGGCGAAGCGGAAACCGGAGAAGAAGGAGAAGGGUAUUGAUGCAAUGACCGAGGAAGAGAUGUUGGAGAUGGCCAUGAGAAACAGUCUGGGUGAUGAGGCGUCGCAACCUCCGAAGGUGGAGGAUCCCGAUGACCUCACUAGAAGCACCGAAGAUGUGAAGGGCAAGGGAAGGGCCGUAGACGAGGAUGUCGGCAUGGAAGAGGCUGAAGGACCCGAACAAAGCGCUUUCUCCUCCAUCCCGGACGAUCGAUUCCAUACGGAGCCCCCCGCAGACCCUGCUACUACCACGCGCAUUCAGUUCCGGCACCCAUCUGGACGGGUGAUCCGGCGUUUUGCUUUGUCGGACCCUGUCCAGCGGAUUUAUGAAUGGCUCAAGGCCGAGCCCCCGUUGGCCGAUAAAGCCGGGGUAGGGUUUGAACUUAAUGCUAUGGGUCGCAACCUUAUUGACUCGCUGGGCCAGACCGUUGCUGAUGCUGGACUGAAAAACGGCACGGUCAUGAUAGGAUAUUUGGAGGAAUAGUCAGGGACAUGGCUUGCGGGCAUUGAACGUUGCCCUGAAGAUAGAACUUGGAGAUCCUGGCCGGAAGCCCAAGAGGGCUGUCGGGACUGGGGCCUAUUGCUCCUCUAGAAGCUUCGGUUGUUGGGGAUGGAUGCCUUUGUUUGAUACAAAUAGGCAUUUCUCUGGAAGCGGAGCACCGGCCAGGGACUGGCGGCAAACUUUCUUCUAUCAUGAACACCCUGUCAUCCUUAUCUAGUAAUUACCCUCGACUUGCGAGGAUGCAGGAGAAUUUAAUGGGUUUAUUAAAACAAAAGAACAGGGAAAGGAGAAGAAAAAGACAAGAAAACUUACCAUAAACAGAG